GGAGGGAUAAAUCCUUGUACUCCCUACUCAGUUAAGUGAUAAUGCUGCUCCGACGACUGCCUUCCACCGCUGUUUCCCUCGCAACCGCCGCUCUAUCCCGGCGUUCCACUUCUUACUUGUUAUCUUCUCAGCGGCGCCUUCAAUCCUUCAAUUCAAUCUCCUUUUACCCUACACUUAGCUUCCGUUCCUUUUGCUCGACCUCCGAAAUAUCACCGGAAUUUACCGACUUAAUCACAGAUCAGUCCUCCAAACGCGGACCUCUCAAACCUGGACUGUAUCUCGUCGGAACACCUAUUGGAAACCUUGAAGAUAUAACUUUACGUGCUCUACGGGUGUUGAAAUCAGCUGAUGUCAUACUAUCGGAGGACACGCGGCAUUCUGGGAAGUUACUUCACUAUUACAACAUCAAAACACCUCUUCUAAGCUAUCACAAAUAUAAUGAAUCUCAAAGAGAACACACAGUUUUAAAGAGGUUAAAGCAAGGGGAGAUUGUAGCCUUAAUCAGUGAUGCUGGAAUGCCUGGCAUUAGCGAUCCUGGUACGGAACUGGCAAAGAUAUGUGUGGCUGAAAACAUCCCUGUGAUUCCAAUUCCUGGACCAUCUGCCUUCUUAACUGCUCUUUCUGCCUCUGGCUUGUCCACUGAUGAAUUCACAUUUGUUGGAUUUCUUCCGAAGCAUGCUGGUUCACGGAAGGAGAGGUUGAUUGCUUCUGCAAGUGAAACAACAACGCAAAUCUUCUAUGUUCCUCCUCACAAGCUUGGCCAGUUUCUCGAAGAAAGUUCCCUGAUUUUUGGUGACUCAAGACAAUGUGUCAUAGCUCGGGAACUAACAAAAAUUCACGAAGAGUUCUGGCGGGGCACUCUAGGGACAGCAAAGGAAGCCUUCUCAACUCGCCAGCCAAAGGGAGAAAUUACCCUCUUGAUUGAGGGCAAUUCAAAUUCCAGCGUGGAAACUCCGUCAGAGAGUCAGUUAGAAAAUGACCUGAGAGAAUUGAUCUCCAAUGGCCAUAGUCUUUCUUCGAUGAUGUACAUUUCAGGCAGUCAAAUUGGUGGCCGAAGGAACAUCGAUGAAAAAGAAAACAAUAUAUUCACUCGCCUUGAGAAAAUUCGUGAAGAAAACCAAAGCAGACGAUUCAGAUUAAUAUCAAGCAUGCUUGUGACAGUAUAUCCUCGCUGCUUCUAACUCAUACCGGUAAGAUUAAAAUUGUAAGAGUUUGAUACCUCGAAUGUACGAAAGUUAAGAACAAAACUUACCCCUUUUGACAUCUUGCUUUAACAGGGGAUAUCCAAUGCUAGGUUAUUCUCCCAUUCACCCUCAUUUUCGAAAACAAAGUAGUUUACAACCCUUGUAAUUUACAUGUCGAGGUGCAUGCUAGUUUACAUGGGCAUGCCAUAUCAAUGUUAAAGCAGUAAUUCAUAGAUUUAGUACUAUUAGUUUGCCCAAGUUUAAUUGGCAUGUCACUGAUUUCAUCUCUGGAAUUUACCAUUUCACUUAUGGUAAUUGCCAUUUCUUGUUUCUAUUUUCAUGUCAUAAUGGUACUUAAGGCAUUAUAUUUAUAUAUUUUUUCUCGCGAUUUGUUAUUA